GUUUACCAGCGCUCCAUGGUCCCCGUGCAUCCCAAGCCUUCGUCCGAGGGUGGUGGGAAGGGCGGCAAGGCGGCGGAGCCCGACAGAAAAGGAGGAGGUGGCAAAGGAGGCGGGAAGGUGCCGCCGGAGGAAAAAGGAGGUGGUGGCAAAGGAGCUGGGAAGGGCAAGGGCAAGCCACCCGAGAAAGGAGGGAAGGGACAGCCGUCCGAGAAAGGGGGCGGGCAGGUGGCGGAGGGCGGCAAAGGAGCUGGAAAGGUGCCGGCCGAGAUGAUGGC